CUCCAGGUGGCAACAUCAAGGCAAAGAUCCUAACCCGGCCCGACUUCCUGCCCCGGAGGCCCCGCGGUCUCUGGCUCUGGACACGCGCCAGGGAGGCGUCGCCCCGCGGUGUCGGAGCGGCUUCCUGGGCGCAGCGGGCGCGGGCUGCGCGGGCGCGGAGAAGCGCAAAGCGUCGGGACAGCGCACCUGGGGUGGCCCAGGCGUGCGGGCGGCGACAUGGAGGACGGCGUGCUCAAAGAGGGUUUCCUGGUGAAGAGGGGCCACAUUGUCCACAACUGGAAGGCGCGAUGGUUCAUCCUCCGGCAGAACACGCUGCUGUACUACAAGCUUGAGGGGGGUCGGAGAGUGACCCCGCCCAAGGGCCGGAUCCUCCUGGAUGGCUGCACCAUCACCUGCCCCUGCUUGGAGUAUGAAAACCGUCCGCUCCUCAUUAAGCUGAAGACCAGAACUUCCACCGAGUACUUCCUGGAGGCCUGCUCUCGAGAGGAGAGGGACGCCUGGGCCUUCGAGAUAACAGGAGCUAUCCACGCAGGGCAGCCAGGGAAGGUCCAGCAACUCCACAUAUUAAAAAACUCCUUCAAGCUGCCCCCUCACAUCAGCCUGCACCGCAUUGUGGACAAGAUGCACGAUAGCAGCAGUGGACUCCGGCCAAGCCCCAACACGGAGCAGGGAAGCACCUACAGAAAGACCUUCCUGGGUUCCUCCUUGGUGGACUGGCUCAUCUCUAGCAGCUUCGCGGCCAGCCGUCUGGAGGCAGUGACGCUGGCCUCUGUGCUCAUGGAGGAGAACUUCCUCAGGCCAGUCGGUGUCCGGAGCAUGGGAGCCAUUCGCUCUGGUGAUCUGGCUGAGCAGUUCCUGGAUGACUCCACAGCCCUGUACACUUUUGCUGAGAGCUACAAGAAGAAGACAAGUCCCAAGGAAGAAAUCAGCCUCAGCACUAUGGAGUUAAGCGGCACGGUGGUCAAGCAAGGCUAUCUGUCCAAGCAGGGUCACAAGAGGAAAAACUGGAAGGUGCGACGCUUUGUUCUGAGGAGGGACCCCGCUUUCCUGCAUUACUAUGACCCUUCCAAAGAAGAGAACAGGCCGGUGGGUGGGUUUUCUCUUCGUGGUUCACUCGUGUCUGCUCUGGAGGACAAUGGUGUUCCCAGUGGGGUUAAAGGGAAUGUCCAAGGAAAUCUCUUCAAAGUGAUCACUAAGGAUGACAUACAUUAUUAUAUUCAGGCCAGCAGCAAGGCUGAACGAGCAGAGUGGAUUGAAGCUAUCAAAAAGUUGACAUGAUAAGGCCCUCAGGGAGCAGGACCAGGAUUCCUUCCUCCUACCAGAUGAUAUGGACAGGAUCCCUGGAGAAUGGGAGUGUGUUAAGACUUAAUGUUGGGCUGGGGAUGUAGCUCUGUGGUAGAGUGCCUAUUUAGCAGGCACAGGGCUCUGGGUUUAAUUUCCAGCACUAAAGAAAACAACAAAAGUUUAACAUUAUAUAUUUUGCACUGCUUUGGAGUAAGAAUGCUGAAGAGUGAAUUCCUCAGGUGACAGUGGUGGUGCUAUUUCCUCCUCCAUCUUCCUGUUACCAACCUGGAAAGCUAGUAAAGCCAUUAGGCAUCAGUGUCUUGACUCCUGCCCAUCAGGACAGACAGCCAUGUCCUUGGAUCCUUUUUGGUCAUGAUGUAAUAUUAAAUAAAAUUCUACUCUCAAAGUAGCUUUCUCUGAAAUGCCAACAUUUUAUUUAUUUAUUUUUUUGGAAUACAAAUCAACAUUUGUUUCUGGUUAUAACUCCUAUACAAAGUUUUAUAGUUUUCAAAGGUUUUUCGUAAGUAUGGAAACAUUUCAAGUGAUCUGUCAUUAAGACUCACUUUUCUUUUCUUUUUUGCUGCUGUACUGAGGAUUGAACCCAGGAACAUUCUACCUCUGAGGUACAUUACUAGCUUUUUACACUUUUUGUACUGGGGAUUGAACCCAGGGGUGCUUUACCACUGAGCUAUAUCCCGUCCUUAUUUUUUGAGACAGGGUCUUAGUAAGUUUCUGAGGGUCUAAGUUGCUGAGGCUGGUCUAGAACUUGCGAUCCUCCUGUGUCAGCCUCCCUGGGGUUAUAGGCUUAAACCUCCAUGCCUAGAGAAACUUUGGGUUUUAGAACAAACAUCGAGACAAAUCAGCACCAACAAAAUUCCCCAGUUGGUAGAUUAACCUAAAAUAGUGAAAAGUCUGUAUCAUAGUAUUUUUAAAGAACGUUUUUAUUAUUUUCAAAUUUAUACAGUGAUCUGGCACAAGCCAUUGCCAGUGUUCUUGCCAAGUGCAAGUACUUGGACUUCAGUGAAUAAAUAAAAUGUAGCCUAUAUUUAAGGAGUGGAUACUUCUGUAGUGCUAAAUAAAAACUUGUCCUCUUGGA